UGGCACUAUGGAUGCUACUGCAGCUGCAUUGCCUGACAUAGAUGAUUACGGUUGCCCCAACCUGAAUUGCACUCCUAUGGAGUUUACACAAUUUAUACUCGGUCCGCAGACUCUGCCACUACAUAAGGCGCUGCUGAUCACUAUAAUAUUUAGUGGUAUAUUUAUAACCGGCGUCUUGGGCAAUGUUUUGGUCUGCAUGGUUAUCAUUAGGCAUGCGGCUAUGCAUACGGCAACGAAUUAUUAUCUAUUCAGUUUGGCAGUCUCCGAUUUACUUUACUUACUCUUAGGAUUGCCAACGGAAGUAUUUCUCUACUGGCAUCAAUAUCCGUUUCUAUUCGGCUUACAGUUCUGUAAGCUGCGCGCAUUUGUAUCGGAAGCCUGCACCUAUGUUUCGGUAUUCACAAUUGUUGCCUUUUCCAUGGAACGAUUUCUGGCCAUAUGCUAUCCGCUGCAUGUCUGUGCCAUGUCCGGCUUUCAGCGAGCACUGCGAAUCAUCACAGUGCUUUGGAUCGUUAGCUUCCUAACUGCAAUACCAUUCGGUGUUAAGACUGAAAUUCAAUACUUGAAUUAUCCAAUCGAUGGAUCUCGAAUACUGGAAUCUGCAUUUUGCUCCAUGGAAUCAGAGUUUCCCGAUAAAUAUCCUUUGUUUGAGGGUUCUUUUAUAAUAUUUUUCAUCAUACCCAUGAUACUCAUUUUUGUGCUGUAUGGUCGCAUGGGCGCUCAAAUACGCUCCAGAGCCACGGACCAAUUGGGAGUUCAGCAGGGCUCACGAAAUCGAGAGUCUCGCAGCUCGCAGAAGAAAAAGCGAGCCGUUAUACGAAUGUUGGCCGCCGUUGUUAUCACAUUCUUUGUCUGUUGGUUUCCCUUUCAUCUGCAACGAUUGUGGUUCUUAUACGCCAAGAACUUUGCCUGCUUUCAGAAUGUCAACGAGUGGCUCUUCUCGAUCGCGGGCUUUGCCUACUACGUGUCAUGCACCAUCAAUCCAAUUGUAUACAAUGUGAUGUCCAAGCGCUAUCGAGUUGCAUUCAAAGAAAUUCUAUGCGGCAAGAAAGCUGGAGCUUUUUAUAACAGCGGCUUUGCUCGAGAUCAAUCGAGUUUUAUGCGAGAUGAAACGAGUUUUCGGCGAAAUGGCAGCACUAACAAUAAUAAUCUGAGCACCAGCAAUGUGCGCUACAGUCGAGUACAUUCUAAUCGCGUAUCCGACUGCUCCCUGCUAAGCACUACAAAAAUAGUCAUAGUGCUUGGAAAUAGAAGAGAAGCCAAUCACAAUAUACCCGAAGAAACUGACAUAAAAAAGGAGGAGCCAUAAAGCUGGUGUUCAUUCUAUAUAUAUUAUAUGAUAUUAAAUUAUCUAU